CGCCCCCCUCCCCGCUCGCGUCCCAGAGCGGGGGGAGGGGAGCCGGAGAGACCCUCCCCUUUGCCGCCGCCGCCGCCGGCGCCCUCGCUCGCUCGCUCGCGCGCGCGCGCGGCAUCUUCUCCGCCCGCCCGCCCGCCCUGCCGAGGCGCAGAUGUGGCGCUGCGGCCGUGCGCCCCAUCGGUGCCGGUGGGGGUGGCCGAGGCGGAGCGGCGAGGCGCCCCCCGGAGGUCGCUCCCACAGGUGAAAGCCUGCCAGGCGCCCGCAGAGGGCAGCCCCAGCGCCGCUCCCGAACCCCGCCGCCCGGCCGCCUCGCCACCGGGGACGCGCACAAAGCCGCGCCGAGACGCCUCCCUCCCUUCCGCCACCCGGCCAGCGCCAAGGACGACAGAAGACCCCCCCACCCCACCCCGAGUCCCCCCAGCUGACCAGAGCAGCCUGCUCCCUCGCUGCUGGCCCCCCAUGCAUUCCUUGGAGGAGCCCCUGGACCUCAAGCUGAGUGUCUCCAAACUCCCAGCCGCGCAAGAGAAGCAUGACUGGGCCCUGGGCAGCCGCAAGGGCCGAGCUCUGUGCCAGACCUCAGAAGACGCAGGCUACCUGGAAGCAGGCCCGGGCUCCCCUCCGGAGGGCCUCCAGCCGCACCCCCAACGCCAAGACAAGAGAGACCAUCGGUUCUCCUCGCCUCCUACCGUUGACCUGAGCCUGUCUCCUUCUCCACCAGGCCGGGACACCCUCCCCAGCGGCAGCACAUCCACCUCCGCAGACAGGCAGAGCAACGGAGGGUUGGUAAACUGCGCCAGCUUGCGUGACCUGCAGUCCCUGCGCUACCUUGAGAGUCUCCGCAGCUCCUUUCAGUUCUUCCUGCCUCUGAAUGCGGGAGGGUCCCUGCACCUGCCUGCCUCCGCUUUCCUGGCGCCCCCCAAGGAGAAGCGGCUCCCUUUGGAUACGGCUGUGCAGAAGCAGCUGGUGUGCCGCUGGUCAAAGUGCAACCAGCUGUUUGAGCUCCUGCAAGACCUGGUGGACCACGUCAACGACUUCCACGUGAAGCCAGAAAAGGAUGCUGGCUAUCGUUGCCACUGGGAGGGUUGUGCCCGCCACGGCCGGGGCUUCAAUGCCAGGUACAAGAUGCUGAUUCACAUCCGCACACACACCAAUGAGAAACCCCACCGCUGCCCCACCUGCAACAAGAGCUUCUCCCGGCUAGAGAACCUGAAGAUCCACAACCGCUCUCACACAGGGGAGAAGCCUUACCUCUGCCCCUACGAAGGCUGCAGCAAGCGCUACUCCAACUCCAGCGACCGCUUCAAGCACACCCGCACUCACUACGUGGACAAGCCCUACCACUGCAAGAUGCCCGGCUGCCACAAGCGCUACACCGACCCCAGCUCUCUCCGCAAGCACAUCAAGGCCCACGGGCACUUCAUCACCCGCGAGCAGCAGGAGCUGCUGAAGCUGCAGCCCCCCAAGGCCCCCCCCCUCAUGGCCGACGCAUCGUACCUCGGCGGGGCACAGAUCAUUGUGCCUAACCCGGCCGCCCUCUUUGGCAGCCACAGCCUGCCCCUGCCCCUCCCCCAGGGCCCCUUGGACCUCAGCACCUUAGCCUGUGGUGGGCUGGGCACGGCCGCCAUCGCAGGCCUGCCCAGCCCCACGCUUGCCCCUUUGAACUUGGCCAAGAACCCCCUGCUGGCCUCCCCUUUCUCAGUGGGCCACCUGGGGCUGCCAGUGGUGUCCUUGCUGGCUGGCACCUCUGCCAAGGCGGCUGUUGAGCGAGGGCAGGAGAGCAGGGCCCGGCCCUUCAAAGGCGACAUUGGCGGCAGCAGCAGCCGAUGCAAGGAGACCAGUGAGAGAGUGAAACUGGCCAGGCUGCGGACAACCACGGACAGCCUCUCUCUGCUCCCCGGGGGCGUCCUGGACCUGUCCACUGGCAUGAACUCAGGGGCAGCUGCUGACACUCUGCCACCGGGCUGGAUGGUGAUCCCACCUGGCUCCGUUUUGCUGAAAGAAGCUGUGGUGAGCUAAGUAGGGAAAAGCAAGGAGGAGGACUGGAAGGGGACCUUCCGGCAUUCAGUCGGAGGGAGCGAUCCAAGACUCCUUGUGAGGAAGACCUGCUGAGCUGCUCCUGGGACUCUUCCCUUCUGCCCGCAUCCCACUUCUUCCUCCCCCUCUACAUGGCGACUGGGGCUUUUCAAGGGGGAGGGGGGGCAUCUCUGAGCAAAGCAAUAAGAAGCUUCCCAGGGCAGCAGCCAGGGACUCUGCCAGGCAGGGCCGACCCAGGAGUGCCAAUGGACGAAACAGAGCUGGUUGGUUCAUCCCCAGCAAGAUCUCCUCGACCCAGACCCCCUUUUCCCAGCUGGGCUUCAGCUCAAGCAACGCUGGGGGAGCCCACUUGAAGAAUCCUCUGCCCACAGCCGCCGCCGCCUUCUUUUGGCCCCUUUGGUGCUGGCAGCAGCAGCAGCAGCCACGCUGCAGGCCUCGCCGUGCCCAGUUUGUUCCUAUCUGCCUUUGGGGUGCUUCCCCUGCCCCCCUCCUCCCCCCAUUUUUCCCUCUGGAGCCCAGCAGUGCCACCCUGUGGCUCAGAGGCCUUUUCCUCCCCCUUUUGCCUGCUGUUCAGAAACCAAUGCUGGAAGAGCUGCUACGGGCUGCCUCCCUCCCUCCCUCCAGCCCAGGGCUUCUGCCUGGUUCAGGCCUCUCUGACAAGGCACACCGUGGUGUGUGCUGCUGAUGAGACUGUUCCCUGACGCGGAGGAAUUCCCUCUAUGAGCAGUUUCUUAUGUUAAAGCUGUGCAACCCCCUUCCAGGGGCAGUGAGGAUGGGAGGACGGCAAAGCAUCCCCGGAUGAAGGUUCAGUCUGUGCAGAGUCCUGGGCUGCUCCUGCCCUCCUCUUCAUUUGGAGGGGGGGAGGGAGCAUUCCUUGCUUUUAGGAAAGCAGAGCACUGCGCAAGCUGGCACCUUUGAUGCAGAUUCAAGAUGACCUGCUACAUUUCCAGCAGGAAGCCAUAAACUUGUCAAGCCUGGCCAGGAGAUAGCUGGCACCCAGGGACGGGUGGGAAAAACAUCCCGUUUUCCCUAAAAACAGGUCCUUCUGCCAGCUGUACCAGCUUCAGGAGCCCAGCAGAAGAGCAGCGUUUGCUCUGCACCCCUCACCCACCCCUUGGCUCCUCCUGCAGCAGCCCAGGUUACCUCUUGACUGCCCUCCUUGUAUUGGUGGGUCACUCUGUUUCCAAACGCCUUUCCUAGACAAGGGCAUCUCUGGGUAGCUCCCAAUAAAUCCCCCUCAAGGGACCUGCAACUGUCCCUCUGCCAUCUACAUACCACCCUUGCACAGCCCCGGCAGACAAUUCCUGGCAGGCCUUCAGUGGUCCACAUAGUGCCAGGGAUCCAGAACGGCCGGGCAGGGGAGCUGGACUCCCAAGCACAUGCAUGCCUGCUCUGGGGCUCCCACUCAGAGCAUCCCACUGGGCAAACCGGCCUCAGAGUUGAUGCACGCAGGCUGCCAGUGUUUCCCUGUUUCUAAGUGCCUUUUGAUUGUAGGUUAUGCUGGGGGUGAUGCCCUCCUCUUGCCUCUGUUAUGUUAGCAUAGUUUUAAGAGAGAAAAAGAUAAGCUAUAACUUGACCCACUUGGUCCUCCAGAAGAGAGGAUGAUUAUGACAAGAACAAUAAAGUACACAAAAAAGCCUUGCUCGCUGCUGGUGAUGUCUGUGUCUAGGGACGGGGGGCGUUCGGAGAAAAGGGGGCUUCAUGUACUCUCCUGCCCAUUUAAGCUGUGAUGCCACAGCAAAACCCAAGCUAUCCACUUCU